CGGUCACCGCUCACUCGGAGCGCAUGCAUCUGCCGGCCGCACGACAUAAACAUUUAAAACAAUUUAUUAUAAAUUAAAAACUAAACACAUAAUUAGAAAAGUAAAACGAUAAAAAGUAAAAAUAAAAUAAAAUAAAAAGUAAAUCACAGCAGAGGAUGUACAUAGAUCAAACAUCACAGCAGCGAGACACACCGCCAACACAGCAAAAGUUUAAGUAAAAAAAAAGUUCCCAUUUAAAUUUAAUUUCCAUAAUUAAAAAAAAAAGUAUAAAAAAAAUUGUUUGUUUUUUGUUUAUUUGAGAGGAGCUCCCCCCGAAUCACACAGAACAGUAAGAAAAUUAAAAAAAAAAACUCCCCUCUAAAAAAAUCAGUUAACAUUCCAAACCAAUUUAAAUGUGUGUUUAAUUUGGCAUUGUGUUGUUUUUGUGACAAAGAAAAAAAAGGAAAAUCUCGCAGAAAAGAAAAUCUGUUCCCAAAAGUGAUUUGUUGUGAAGAAAAAAAGAAUGAAUAAAAAAGUUGCAUAAUAGAGUAUAAGAAACAUUUUACUACAGCAAGUUCCUAAUUAACCUUAUCGACGCGACGGUGAAUGUGUUAAAUCGUGAGCGCCAUGAUCAAAAUCAAUGAUGGCAUUAUGCAACGGUUCCUAAGAACAGUUGAGAUCUACGAAUGAAUAAAGAUCAAUUGAAGAAAAUAUAUAAAGAUUUAAAAUAAAAACUUUAGGCGUUCUCGUAAAUUGCAGGGCUUCAAAUAUUGCCGAAUUUAGUAAGAAAAAAAAACAUCAAAUUCGUGCUAAUAAGGCCAACUGUACCCAAGAAGAAGAAAAACUGUUCCCACCAAUCGGGAUGCCGUACUGAAGCCCCCAAAGGUGGCACAAUGUGAUCUGAUGUACAUGUGUGCCCCUGAAGGGUUUCUGUGUGGGAACAAAUUAAGGAUGUAAUUGUUCCCAAAUUCGCCAACAAUGUGUGCAUAAAGUGAUAGCCCGCUAGUGUGCUCAAAAGCCGUGAGAAUGUGUGUAUGUUAGUGUUCUUUAAAUAAAAAAAAUAAUAAGUGAAAGAGUUGUUUUAAAAAAUCGGGCAGCACUGCAAACCUCGCAUUUUAUUCCUCAAAAUAUAAAUUUUAAAUUUUAAAACAAAGAAAAGAAGGUUCCAACACCAUUUUAAGAAAAGUAUAAGAACGAUUGAUGCUCACAUUUUGAGAACAGUACUGAAAAGAAGUUAUUAAGUAAAAUAAAAUAAAAACAAGGUCAUAGAGUGUAUCAAUCUAACUACAUAAAUAUAAAAGUAUAUUAUAUUAAAAAAAAAUCAACAAAGUUCCUCGUGAGUAUUUCACAGUGAUCCUCUUAAGAAAAACAUAAAAAAAGUAAAAAAAAAAUCAUAAAAAAUUUUGCAAACUUAUUUUUAUAUUCAAAAAAACAACAAAAAGUUAUACAAAAAAGUUUUACUUUAAGAACAAUUUGAAAACACUUGCACAACAACUGUUCCCAAAUGGCAUUGCACGUAGACUGAAGUGAUUGUAAACGCCUAAGAACAUUGCCGUGCCAGGACUAUUGAAUUUUAACAAAAUAAACAAAAAAAACUGUUCUCAAAUUUCCACUUUACAACAUAUGUUCCUAACCCAUCGACUGACAAACUGUGGAGUGCUGUGAGAUCGGCUACUCGAUACACCGAAUAUGGACUGCUAUUGUAACCUAUAGACACGAUAAACAGAUGAUCCUAGUUACAACUCGGGGAUGGAGAUUUAUUUGGUCUUCCUGAGUCAUCGAUAUUUGUGCAAAAAAGUGGUGGCGAGAAGUUAAAAAACAGUGUGUAGUAUUUUUAUAUGGCAAAGUCACCGCCACCAAAUGCGAAACAAGAGGCUAUUGCGAUGCCACCGCCAUCUUUGGAGUCACCUACUUCCGAUUCAGCACCCAGAAAAAGACGUCGAAAACGCGAUGAUCCACAGAGUUGCAGUACCACAGCCGAGCUGGAUUACGACUCAGAUGAGGCAUCCCCGCAAUCCUGCUCAGAUGUGGAGAGCUUUCAGGGUAAAAUUGUGUACAAUUCCGACGGUAGCGCCUACAUCAUCGACUCGGACAAUGACUCCCUCUCGCAUAUAUCGGACUCCUGUGCCGCAGGUGUCGUCUCACCAAAUAACCCAAAAAUCCAUUCGUUUAGAGUUGUAAUGGCAAGGGAGGCAUCUGUAAAUAUUAGUGAACUGAAUAGGAUAUCAAAGCCAGUGCUCAUGUGUUUCAUAUGUAAAUUAAGUUUUGGCAAUGCUAAAUCAUUUGGUAUUCAUGCCAACAGUGAACACAAUUUGAAUUUGCUCGAAAGCGAAAAGACAUUGCUCAGUCGUGAAUACUCGAGUGCCAUUCUCCAAAGAAAUAUCGACGAACGUCCACAAAUAUCGUUCCUUGAGCCACUAACUAAUCAUCAACUACCACAAAUGGGUACUGAGAAACUCAAUGAGGAUGCUCCCGUUGUCCCAAAGGUCGAACAGGACUACGUCCCGACGAUUGGGUGCACCCCAUAUGCAAGUAGUGCUGGUGGUUCCGUUGCAACAUCAGCCGCGGAAACACCCCAGCCGGAGAAUUUAUCUUCGCCCGAGCCAAAGGUGGAGUCAUCACCGCCUGAAUCGCAACAGCAGCAGCAACAACAACAAAUUCAGGCACCACAACCCAAGACACCCCCAAUGCAGCUAUCAACGUCACCGGCUACCGAUGCCAAAAACUAUGUUCCUACAAUGUCCCCCACAUCGACAGUUGCGCCAAGUUUCACCAUAGGCGCCUGUCCUGACCACAUCAACGGUCGCCCACUUGGCGUUGACUGCAUACGGUGCGAGAUGAUCUUGAGUUCGGCUCGCCUGGGUUCAGCAUCACAAAUCAGUACACGUAAUUCGUGUAAAACCCUCAAAUGUCCCCAGUGCAAUUGGCACUACAAAUAUCAGGAGACCCUUGAGAUACAUAUGCGUGAAAAGCAUCCAGAUGGGGAGAGUGCAUGCGGCUAUUGCCUAGCUGGGCAGCAGCAUCCACGGCUGGCACGUGGGGAAUCCUAUACGUGUGGCUACAAACCGUAUCGAUGUGAAAUUUGCAACUAUAGCACAACAACAAAGGGCAACCUUUCCAUACAUAUGCAGAGCGAUAAGCACCUCAACAACAUGCAAGAGCUCAACAGCACACAAUCUCUUGCCGCUGCUCCUGCGCCCGUUUCCGUUGCAGAACCCCACGAUGGGCCCAAGAUGCUAAUGAGUCAGGCAGGUGGUGUACAGUCGGUAGCCGCAAAGCCAAAACCAAGCUUCCGCUGUGAUGUUUGUAGCUAUGAAACGAGUGUUGCGCGUAAUUUGCGUAUACACAUGACAAGUGAGAAGCACACACACAAUAUGGCUGUUUUGCAGAAUAAUAUCAAACAUCUACAGGCCCUAAGUAUAAUUCAGCAUACACAAAAUAUGGGCCAAGCUGGUCAACUAAGUGGUCUCCCAUCGCUUGGUCAAAAUAUCCCAGCUUCAAUUCAAAACUUCCUCCCAGAGGCUGCCCUUGCGGACUUGGCAUACAAUCAAGCCCUCAUGAUUCAGCUGCUACAGCAAGCUGGUGGUGGACAAGCCGCAGCUGCUGCAGCUCCCACACCAGGUGGUAGAAUCUCCCCGGCAACAAACAUGGGAAUGAAUUCUGUAUGCAAUAUGGCUGAACCGGAUACGGGAAUGAGUCCGGAGACAUUUGAACCACCAUUUGAGAUUGAUACAAAACCAAUGGCACUCUUUACGUGCCUCGUAUGUGCUACAUUCAGUACAAAUAGCCUGGAUGAACUGAAUGGGCACCUACUGGCAGAUCGUACACGUACCCCAGGGGCGGAUGUAAUGCUAAUUCUCGGUGGCAAUUACAUCUGUCGCCUGUGCAACUACAAGACAAACCUCAAGGCAAACUUCCAACUGCACAGUAAGACGGAUAAACAUUUACAGAAAGUAGCAUAUAUGAAUCAUUUACGUGAGGGUGGAGCAACGAAUGAGUACAAGCUCAAGUAUAGUGGAACGAGUGUGGUGCAAUUGAAGUGCAAUGCAUGCGAUUACUACACGAAUAGCAUCCAAAAGUUGGGUUUGCACUGCCAACAUAUGCGUCAUGAUGCCCAAAAGAUCGUCUUCCAGUACAUACUGUCCCUACUGGAGGCCGACGAAGCGGCACCAUUGCAUUGUCAACUGUGCAAUGUCACCGUUCCGCAUACGCUUGCACUCAUGCAGCACAUUAAGGGCAUAAGGCAUGCCCAAAUUGAACAAAUUGUCUCCCUUCAGCGUCGUUCGGAUGGCUUUGAGGGCCUAACGCUGGCACAAAUGUAUAAGCUUGUGGAACCAGGUGAGUACCCACCAAGCUACCUCUACGGUGCACCAUCAAGUGGCGUUACUAACAAACAUCUCGAAACAGACGCUUCCUCCAGCUGCAGCGCGAUUAAAAGUGAAGAUCAGAGUCCAGCACAGUCACCAUCACGCGUGCCCUCAAUCACGGACGUCCCACCACCAUCGAAAGCGCCAUCAGCUAUUUCCGAAGCAGAUCCUGAGGAUGCAGAGCACGAGGAAACGGAUAAGCAUGAGGAAGAACCCUCGGAGGAAGUCUCAAUAUCCUGCCCAUUGUGUCAGGAGGCAUUCUCCGAUAAGACAUCCCUCGAACAGCACGUUAUGGGUGUGCAUAGUGUCAGUACUGAUGGGCUUUCGCGGCUGCUGCAUCUCGUUGACUCGAGUCAGUGGCCAAAGCGAAGCCCACCGCAAAAUGAGGCAUCAACGGAAAUUGAAUGUAGUGCUUGUGGCAAUUCAAUGCGCACCUUCCACGAACUCCUAGCUCAUUCGAAUGAGAAGCAGCAUUUCCAUCACACCAAUGACGCCUACGUGUGCAUCCUGCGUAGUUGCCAACAAGUUUUCCCCAGUAUUCCACCGCUUAUUCAGCACUACAAGGAUACCCACCUUAAUAUUGUUAUAAGUGAACGGCAUGUGUACAAGUACAGGUGUAAACUGUGCUCACUUGCCUUCAAGACGCAGGAUAAGUUGAAUAAGCAUUCGGUGUAUCACGCAAUGAGGGAUGCAACUAAAUGCGCUCACUGUGGACGAAGCUUCCGAACUGCAUUGGCACUGCAGAAGCACAUGGAUCAGGUUCAUUCCCCAAAUAAUCAAGGAGAGGUGGGAAAUUAUCAAGAGAUGCCAAUUAAGGGUGAAUUAGAUUUGGAAAUGCUCGAUGAAUCGGGUGAAGCACAGUGCAGUGCUGAGGCAAGUGAGGAAGAACUAUCAGCAUGCACAGAAGAUCACGAUCCAGCGCGAAAGCAUCAAUGCACAAAAUGUCGUGUUGCAUUUACACAUCAAAAUUUCCUAAUGCAACACUACCGUUCCCCAACGCAUAGACGCAACGAAGCUAGACCUACGGCAACGAGCACGUAUCCCAUUGAAAAGUAUCUCGAUCCGAAUCGACCAUUUAAAUGUGAAAUCUGUCGGGAGAGUUUCACGCAGAAGAAUAUUCUUCUUGUUCACUACAACAGCGUAUCGCAUUUGCACAAGUUAAAGAAGCACACGGAAACCCCAACGCCAUCCUCGUCACCUGGUCAGGAUCUCGAGCAACGGCUGCCCGAGGAGAUGAUGGAGCAGGAUAUGACUGAAGCUGAGACUGAAACUGAAAGCAAGGCACUCAAGAGGAAACUUUUGCCGGAAGAUGACUACGAGAGCCCCAAGAAGCGCUUCAAAUGUGAUAUCUGCAAAGUUGCAUACGCCCAAGGGAGUACAUUGGACAUACAUAUGCGCAGUGUUCUACAUCAAACGAGAGCAUGUCGAUUGCAGGAACAACAACAACUCGUCCCAAAAGUCCAGCACGACAUCUCAACGGCUGUUGUAGUGUCUGCCAGUGUUAGUCCAACACCUUCCACGGUGAGUCAGGAAGUGAUGAGUCCAACAGAUGAGGAGGGCCCAAAGAUCAAUAAUCACGUUUAUAAGACUCUCCUUGAGAACUUUGGCUUUGAUCUAGUUAAGCAAUUCAAUGAGAUAAAUAAGCAUGGGAGUGAGGGGAUUCAGGAGGAGCGCUACUACUGCCGACACUGCAAGAAAACCUUCUCGAGCAUCUUCGUGCUAAAGUCCCACUGCGAGGAGAUGCACAAUGAGACGAUCCCCGUGGAUUUUCUUGAGAAAUUCGCGGAGAAAUUCAAGACUUACUACUUUGAGUCCGGCUACCUGGAGGCAGGUGAUGUGCUGGACUACAGCAAGAGGCAGGAUCUCAAGGUGGCACCAAAGGGAACAAAGAUUCCGGGUAUUCCAGUUAGUUUCUCAAUUGCCAGCACAUCAACGCUGAAAAUCCCACAAGUUACAGCUGGUGCGGGUGGUGGUGGCGGUGGUGGUGGUGGUGGUGCUGUUGUAGAGCCACCAACAACACCGGAGACACCUGAGAGUCAAUUUGUUGCACAGAAAUUGCUUGAGCAGCAAAAUCUUGCCUCCCUACCACCCAGUGUUGCUGCCAAUUUAUCCCACAAUCUCUCCCAGAGCUUCCAAACAAUCCACAACUUUGGCAACAAUCUCCCCUUCAACACCCUCGAUAUGCUGAAUCUCAUGCAAAUCCACCAUCUAAUGUCACUCAAUUUUAUGAAUAUGGCACCACCACUCAUCUACGGGGCUGGGCAAGCUCAGCCUGCUGCUGGUGCUGUUCCAGCAGCGGAUUUGCCACCAGCUGCUGCACAGACGCAACAACUACUGCAGCAGCACAAUGUUGCUACACAAAUUGCUGCAACAAAUCAGGCUCAAGGAAAUCAAAAACGUGCCCGAACGAGGAUAACAGAUGAACAGCUAAAGAUCCUACGGGCGCACUUUGACAUCAACAAUUCUCCAAGUGAAGAGAGUAUCAUGGAAAUGUCCAAGAAAGCAAAUCUACCGAUGAAGGUUGUUAAGCACUGGUUCCGCAACACGUUAUUCAAGGAGCGUCAACGGAAUAAGGAUUCUCCGUAUAAUUUCAACAAUCCCCCAUCGACAACGCUGAAUCUCGAGGAGUACGAACGUACGGGGCAGGCAAAAAUUAUCAAGCUAAUGAAUGAGGAGCAUCAGGCGCAACAAAAAUUUGAUGAACGCAAAGAAAUUCAUCAUGAAUCCGUGAGUCCCAAGCCCACCGAUAUGGUGGUGAAGCAGGAAUGUGCGGAGCCCAUGGAGCGCGGGGGUGUGGAGGAGAUGGAGCCAGGGGCGCACUUGAGUAGUUGCAACAGUAUGUCCAGCAAUGGGGACAAUAUUUUUCAAUUUGAGGCUAAAUCCGAAGGACCGGAUCCAACAUCGCGACCCCAAACUCCCAUGACGGGCGCCUUCCCGGCCAUUGGGGAGCUCCUGGGGCAACAGAUGGAUGGGCAAAAUAUGGGGCCGCCGAAAAAAUAUAAUUUGCCCCCGAAGAUUUUCGAUGCAAAGGCCCCAUUUGAGCCGCCGCCAGCACAGAUGGGGCCACAGCCGCAAUCAUCGGGCUCCUCGUCGAGUGGGAAGCGUGCCAAUCGUACGCGUUUCACGGACUACCAGAUAAAGGUGCUGCAGGAAUUCUUUGAGAAUAACUCCUACCCCAAGGAUAGUGAUCUCGAAUACCUCAGCAAGUUGCUGCUUCUCUCACCACGAGUCAUUGUCGUGUGGUUCCAGAAUGCACGGCAGAAGCAGCGAAAGAUCUACGAAAAUCAACCAAAUAACUCCUUUUUUGAAUCCGAAGAGAAGAAAUCAAAUAUAAAUUAUACGUGCAAGAAGUGCAAUUUGGUGUUUCAGCGCUACUACGAGCUGAUACGCCAUCAGAAGAAUCAUUGCUUUAAGGAGGAGAACAACAAGAAGUCGGCAAAAGCACAAAUUGCCGCUGCCCAAAUUGCCCAUAGUCUCAGCAGUGAGGACAGUAAUUCGAGCAUCGAUGUGGGGCACCAGGGGGUAACGACGCAAAUGGGCACAGCGACGGAGCACGACGGGCUGGGCUUGGCAAUGGCGGGACAGCAGAUCCAGUCACUAAUCGGUACCGUACCCCUAUCUGUACCUCUUGCAACGUCACCUAACUUACCAACGUCUGUAUCAAACAGCGCCACUGUUCACGGCGAGCCGGACGGUGCCCCUGAAGCCCCUGACGUCGAUGUAGGCCAUCAUCACCAGGCCUGCCACGGUGGUGGUGGCAGCAGCAUAAGUGGAGGAGUAGGAGGAGCGUUUGCUGAGCCACCACCACUACCAUUGGGUUGCUCCAAUGGUGAAUCCCCAUCAACAGCAGCAGCAGCAGGAGUAGAUGCAAAGCUCGAGUGUGACAAGUGCAGCGCAAUUUUCACACGACACGACCUCCAUCGUGAACACCAUCGACUACAUACAACAACAACAACGGAAGACGGCAGCAUCGGCAGUGGCACCGUCAAUAUGGCUCACGCGGCAGAUGCCCAACAGCAGCAGCAGCAGCUGGUAAAAGACGACGAUCCCCAGCUGGACUACCUAAUACGUGCAUUCGAUUCCCCCGAGCACAGUGACAGUCAAAGUCCGGGGGAUAUGGCACUCCUUGAUGACAGCAAUGGGCCCCCGGAACACCAGCCCCCGGGCACAGCACCGCGUGAUCCACCAACGUCAAAUAAACGCCUCCGCACCACCAUCCUCCCGGAGCAGCUCAACUAUCUCUACGAGUGCUACCAGAAUGAAUCGAAUCCGAGCCGCAAGAUGCUCGAGGAGAUCAGCAAGAAGGUCAACCUGAAGAAGAGGGUUGUCCAGGUGUGGUACCAGAAUUCUCGGGCGCGCGAACGGAAGGGUCAAUUCAGGCAGAACUUGCAGCUAAUCAACAAGAAGUGCCCCUUCUGCAGUGCAAUUUUCAAAAUAAAAUCCGCCCUCGAGAGUCAUCUGCAGAUGAAGCACCCCGACGAGAUGCCCGUCUCCAUUGACCAGAUCCCAGAUGUGGGGCCGGGUUUUCUCGGUGGUGGCUGUGGUGCUACAACACCCACAGAGCAGAAGGCACCAGCACCGCUUGAUUUGCGGAAUGCCAUUGUGCCGCAGCAACCAUUUGAUGGGCACCUGGCGCAGCAGCAGCAGCACCUCAAGAAAGCCAGCCCAGAGCUCAAGAAUGGCUUCAAGGGAUUCAAUGGCUUCAAAGCCGACGAAGCAGCUCCCAUUGAGAUUCUUGAUCGUAUUGUGGGACUCCCACCGGGUAGCCUGGGUGCUGGUGGCGGCCCCAGUGCCCUCCUGGGUAAUCACAAGAAGCGCCACCGUUGCCAGAUGACCAACAUCCAAAUUGCCAUCCUCAGCAAUCUCUUCGGGGCCUUCGAGCCACCAGUCAUCAAGUGCGAGAAGAACGACCUUGCCCUCUCGAAAAAGAUCGUCCACCUGAGCGAGGGGCACUAUAUCGAUGAUUUUGUAUACCUUAUCUGAGACUAGGGCGUAGUGUAGGCUGUUUUAUCUCCUUAAAAAAAAAACAACUAAAAAAGACAAAA